CCAGGGGGCGCCUUAGGAUCGUGGCGAAGGUGAAGGGGGGCCGUGCACUCUGCACCGAGCGCCGUGGAGGAGACUCUCUCGACCGCCUCCUGGAGAGGGGAACAGCCGGUCUCCCACGACGGGAAAAAAACAGGUCGCUCUUCGCCGCGGCCGGGGAGAAAUGGCCGGAGCGCAGUGCCGCAGGAAAAGCUGUCUGUUCCGGCUGUCGAAGGAGAACUGCCCCUUCAGGCGGCUGCGGAAGACCACCGCCUACGAAAUAAGGAAUCCUCCAUCUGCCAGCACUGUGGAAAGAUGGGGUGCGGCUGAGCAGACGCCCAGUAGUUGCCCCCCGCAGCCUCUGAAUGGUAUCGCCCAGGUGUACAUAGAGCCCCGCCCUCCAGAAGUCUACUGCCCCGCCCCCUCCAGUCCACACCAAUCAGGAGCGCAGUGUGGUGCUGUCAAUCACACUUGUCUCCUCCACGUGGGUCCUCACCCGUUGCUGACCCCUCGCUGCCCCUGUCGCCCUCCCUUGGACUCGGCGCUGGAGGGAGCGGUGAUGGACGCAGAUCCGAUGUUGUUUGGAUUGGUCCAGUCCAGCCCCGGACCCCCUGCCAGCCUUCCUGCCUCAGAGGUGAGGCCGAGCUGGGCCCAUCAUCAUCCUCAGCACAGAGGCUCGAACCCUCCACCAGCACCCACCCCUGCACACCUGAGACCCCUGUCCUCAGACGUUGACGCCAGCAUGGGUCAGUCUCAGCCCUCGUCCAUCCCCUACCUGUCCUCACUCUUCUCCUCCUUUCCCUCUCACUCAUCCUCACUCACACCCUCUGUGGGCCUGAGAAUAAUCUGGAACCAGGAACAGCAGGAUCAGCAGAGAGAGGGACAGAGGAGGAUCAGUAGAGAGACAGAGCAGGAUCAGGAGUGA